GCAGGGAUAUAAAGAAGCUAGGCGUUCCUGCUGGAGCAUUUUUCUAGUAGCGUCUCUCUAGAAAGCAUCUGUAACAAUGAGCGGCCGCGGAAAGACCGGAGGAAAAGCCAGAGCUAAGGCCAAGAGCCGCUCCUCCAGAGCCGGGCUCCAGUUCCCAGUGGGCCGUGUUCACAGGCUGCUGCGCAAAGGCAACUAUGGGGAGAGAGUCGGUGCCGGAGCCCCCGUCUACCUGGCUGCUGUGCUGGAGUAUCUGACCGCUGAGAUCCUGGAGCUGGCUGGAAACGCUGCCCGCGACAACAAGAAGACCCGCAUCAUCCCCCGUCACCUGCAGCUGGCUGUCCGCAACGACGAGGAGCUCAACAAGCUGCUGGGCGGAGUCACCAUCGCUCAGGGCGGCGUGCUGCCCAACAUCCAGGCGGUGCUGCUGCCCAAGAAGACCGAGAAGGCCGCUAAGGCCAAGUAAAGCCACCGCUGCUGCUGCUGGACACAGCCCCACAACGGCUCUUUUAAGAGCCACACACUCCGCUUUAAGAGCUGAAACUCUCCAUGCUGCCUUCAUCAAUACAUUACUGUUUAAUCUGAGAGACAAAAAUGCACUUUUAUAGCAUAUGACGGUAAAUCGGCGGGCUUAAAGGAGAGUACUGUAAAAAA